ACGCCGGAGCCAUCCCGGAAGUGCUUAGCGGUCGUGUCCAUGCGCCGGUUCGUGGGCGUCGUGGAGCCCAGGCGCGAGGCUCGGGCGGGGAGCAGGUAGACGCGGAGGAGACGCCGAGCGCCCUGCUCCGGGGACGUGAGCCGCUGCGCCAUCAUGCUGCUGCUGCCGAGUGCCGCCGAGGGCCGGGGCACCGCCAUCACCCGCGCGCUGACCUCCGCCUCAACACUCUGUCCGGUUGAACCUGUGGGAAGAUGGUUUGAAGCUUUUGUUAAGAGGAGAAACAGAAAUGCUUCUGCCUCUUUUCAGGAACUGGAGGAUAAGAAAGAGUUAUCAGAGGAAUCAGAAGAUGAAGAGCCGCAGCUGGAAGAGUUCCCCAUGCUGAAAACCCUCGACCCCAAAGACUGGAAGAACCAAGAUCAUUAUGCGGUUCUUGGUCUUGGCCACGUAAGAUAUAAAGCUACCCAGAGACAGAUCAAAGCAGCUCAUAAAGCAAUGGUUUUAAAACAUCACCCAGACAAACGGAAAGCAGCUGGUGAGCCAAUCAAAGAAGGUGACAACGACUACUUCACUUGCAUAACUAAAGCUUAUGAAAUGUUGUCUGAUCCCGUGAAAAGACGAGCGUUCAACAGCAUUGACCCCACUUUUGAUAACUCUGUUCCUUCGAAAAGUGAAGCAAAGGACAAUUUCUUUGAAGUGUUUUCCCCUGUGUUUGAAAGGAAUUCCAGAUGGUCAAAUAAAAAAAAUGUCCCUAAACUUGGUGACAUGAAUUCCUCGUUUGAAGAUGUAGAUGCAUUUUAUUCUUUCUGGUAUAAUUUUGAUUCUUGGAGAGAAUUCUCUUAUCUAGACGAAGAAGAAAAGGAAAAGGCGGAAUGUCGUGAUGAGAGGAGAUGGAUUGAAAAGCAGAACAGAGCAACCAGGGCACAAAGAAAAAAAGAAGAAAUGAACAGAAUACGAACGUUGGUUGACAAUGCGUAUAGCUGUGACCCCAGGAUAAAAAAAUUCAAGGAAGAGGAAAAAGCCAAGAAAGAAGCAGAGAAGAGAGCAAAGGCAGAAGCAAAACGGAAGGAGCAAGACGCUAAGGAAAAACAAAGACAAGCUGAAUUAGAGGCUGCCCGGUUAGCUAAGGAGAAGGAAGAGGAAGAAGUCCGGCAACAAGCAUUGUUGGCAAAGAAGGAGAAAGAGAUCCAAAAAAAAGCCAUCAAAAAGGAACGGCAGAAGCUUCGAAACUCGUGCAAGACCUGGAAUCACUUUUCCGACAACGAGGCGGAGCGCGUUAAGAUGAUGGAAGAAGUGGAGAAACUCUGCGAUCGGCUGGAACUAGCAAGCUUACAGUGCCUGAAUGAAACGCUCACGUCCUGUACAAAGGAAGAGGGGAAAGCAGCUCUCGAGAAGCAGAUAGAAGAAAUAAACGAGCAGAUUAGAAAAGAGAAGGAAGAAGCUGAGGCUCGAAUGCGACAGGCAUCCAAGAAUGCAGAGAAGUCGGCUGGCGGAGGCGGGAGUGGCAGCAGAAACUGGUCGGAGGACGACCUGCAACUGCUCAUCAAGGCGGUGAACCUCUUCCCUGCCGGGACAAAUUCAAGAUGGGAAGUCAUCGCCAACUACAUGAACAUACAUUCUUCUUCGGGAGUCAAAAGAACUGCCAAAGAUGUUAUUAGCAAAGCAAAGAGUCUCCAAAAACUUGAUCCUCAUCAAAAAGAUGACAUAAACAAAAAGGCUUUUGAUAAAUUUAAGAAAGAACACGGAGUGGUGCCUCAAGCAGACAACGCCACCCCUUCGGAGCGGUUUGAAGGUCCAUGCACAGGCUUCACCCCUUGGACAACGGAAGAACAGAAGCUUCUGGAACAGGCUUUGAAGACCUACCCAGUAAACACGCCUGAAAGGUGGGAAAAAAUAGCAGAAGCAGUCCCUGGCAGGACGAAGAAGGACUGCAUGAAACGAUACAAGGAACUUGUCGAGAUGGUGAAAGCAAAGAAGGCUGCUCAGGAGCAGGUGCUGAACGCAGGCAGAGCCAAGAAGUGACGGACUGACAAUCUUUGUUGUGUGUGCAUUUUUAUAAUAAAAGCAAAAAUACUAUACAAG